AUGCGAGGGCUACCGGCUAGAGGACGAAGCCGGCCAAAGAAAAAUAGCGUCACAGCGGUGGAUCGACUAUCGGAUCGCUUGAUGGCUGUAAAAGUAGAUACAGGAAAAGUGGAAUUGCGAGUCGUCUCUGCUUAUGCGCCACAGGCGGGCUGUAGUGAAGAAGAGAAGGCAAGCUUUUGGGAGGAUCUGGAGCAGUACGUCCAAUCCCUGGAAAGCGAAGAAAUACUUUUAAUCGGAGGAGACUUCAACGGACAUGUAGGUUCUCGGAAAGACGGAUUCGAGAGUUGUCAUGGUGGAUACGGCUAUGGAGCUCGUAACGACGACGGGUUGCGAAUCCUGGAGUAUGCUGUUGCAAGUGACUUGAUCAUUGCUAACACGCAGUAUCGGAAAAGAAAAUCGCAUUUGAUCACAUACACCAGCGGCGGUCGUGAAACACAAAUAGAUUUCUGGAUGUUACGUCGACGAGAUCGCCGACUUCUGCAGGAUUCAAAAGUCAUCCCUACAGACCAUGUCGCUGCCCAACACCAUCUGCUCGUUAUGGACUUGAAAAUUUCCCGUCUAAGGAAGAGACAUGCAAGGACUGAAACACAGCGCAUCAAAUGGUGGAAUCUGAAGGAUCGAAAGGAGGUGUUUUUCGCGUCCGUGGCUCCAUCUACACUUCCCCACCCUACUCGUAGUGUGGAGGAAAUGUGGUCGUCUACUUCCAGCGUUAUACGCUUGACCGCAGAAAACACUCUGGGAAAGACGACUCUAGGUAAGCCAAAGGUACAAAAGGCUACGUGGUUUUGGAACGAGGAGGUUCAGGCGGCAAUUCGUGAAAAGAAGUCCAAGUAUAAGCUCUGGUGGAGGACGCGUCAGCCUGAAGAUCGGGGUGCUUACCUAGCGGGGAAGAGGGAGACUAAGAAGGCAGUCUCCAAAGCGAAGUCGGACCGCUACAAGGCUGUGUACGACAUGCUUGAUACCAGAGAAGGCGAGUGGGAAGUGUAUCGUUUAGUCAGAGCGCGUCAUCGCUCGACGUUGGAUAUGGAGCACACCAAGAUCGUUAAAGGAGCUGAUGGAGCCGUUCUGCGCCGCUCUAGUCAGAUCCUGGAGAGCAUCGAGGGUCCUGUUCUACCAAUUACUGCCGUCGAAGUCAGUGCUGCCCUCGCAAAAAUGAAGUCGAACAAAGCAAGCGGUCCUGAUGACAUACCUGCUGAUGUCUGGAAGCUGCUAGGAGAUCGAAGGUCCAUGUGGCUCGCAACUCUAUUUAACAAGAUCGUUGCAGAAGGACGGACUCCAGACGUUUGGCAAACUUCCGUGACCGUGCCUGUCUGGAAAGGGAAAGGAGACAUUGCUGACUGCACCUCGUACAGGCUUAUACGACUGCUGUGCCAUACGAUGAAGGUUUUUGAGCGUGUCCUGGAAGCUCGUCUGAGGAAAAUUGUUAGCGUUUCACUCAACCAGUGCAGCUUUGUGAAGGACUGCAGCACUAUAGAUGCUAUCCAUGCUGUCCGAAUCCUCCUGGGGAAACAUCGAGAGAAGAACCGCAGUGUGCAUCUUGCUUUUCUCGAUCUCGAGAAAGCUUUCGACCGUGUCCCACAUGAGCUGUUAUGGAUGUCCAUGAGGUCGCAUAGAGUACCAGAAGAAUAUGUGCGGUGGACGAAGCUACUUUAUGCGAAGCACACCAGCGUUGUACGAUGUGCUGCUGGAACAAGCAGGCCAUUCCCUGUACAAGUAGGGGUUCAUCAGGGUUCAUCCCUCUCACCUCUGCUGUUCAUACUGUGCAUGGACACGAUAACGAAGGAAAUCCAGAAGCAGCAUCCGCGGACUCUACUCUUUGCCGACGAUGUCAUGCUCGCGGUGGAGUCUCGAGAUGAUCUUCAGAAACAAGUACAGUCUUGGAAGGAUCAGUUGCAGCAAUAUGGAUUGCGCCUCAACACAUCAAAAACUGAGUACAUGGAGUGCGGACCAAGGAUAGAGGAUGGUUCAAUUCGUGUCGAUGGCACCGAAUUAAACAAGGUGAACUGUUUCAAGUACCUUGGAUCCAAAGUGACUUCCACAGGCGACAUUGAUCAAGAAGGUCGAGCACGUGUUAAUGCUGCAUGGAUGAAGUGGAAAAUGGCAACAGGGGUACUGUGCGACAAGAAAGUCCCUGUUCGACUGAAGUCGAAGAUCUACAGGACGGUUGUGCGUCCUGUUGCCCUUUACGGAUGCAAAUGCUGGCCGACGACGAAAGCCUUGGAAAGAGUGCUGCACGCUAUGGAGAUGCGGAUGUUAAGGUGGACAAUAGGUGCAACGCUAAAAGAGAAAGUAUCCAACGACACUGUGCGCUCCAUCUUCGGCGUCGUCCCGAUAACUGAGAAGAUGAAGGAGGCGCGACUGAGAUGGUUUGGUCACGUCUUGCGGCGGGAGGAAGAUUCUGUUGCCAAAACCGCACUGAAGCUCGACGUUUCAGGAGUGAGGCCGCGUGGGAGGCCAAAGAUUCGCUGGUUAGAACGUGUGAAGCUGGAUAUGAUAGAUGCACGUUUGUGUACGGCUGAUGCAAUGGAUAGAACCAAAUGGAAGACAAGAAGCAGAAAAGUGGACCCCAAGAAAGUAUUAGAAUGGAAGUACAGAAAUCAGACAUCAUUACAUCGAUUAUGUUCUGCACUUUAA